AACCCUAUUGGCAUCUAAUUCUCCUUAGCUCCUACCGCAAUUUCCACUUGGGAAGACCACACAUGGCUGCCGGCUCAGGCUUAUCCCACACCCAAAACCAAUGGGAAUUCCGCUGUGAUUUGGAGGUAGAUUUUGAGUCUGAAGAGAAUUCUUCAAUAGUCUAUCAUGCAUUGGGUGUUGAUAAAGAGUUGCAACCAGAUAAAGUGAAGAGGCAAAUGUCAAUCUCUGAUGGGAAACUUUCGGUGCACUUUGAAGCAGUCGAAGCAAGGUUUCUCCGUGCAUCGUUUUCAGCUUUUGUUGAUGUACUCACCCUCGCCACGAAAACCAUCGAAGAACUCGGGCCAGGAAUGGUAUUGUGAUGUUUGAUUAUUGUGAUCUUGCUACAAAUGCAGUGGGAUUCUGGCAUUAAUGUAUUCUUUUUUUUUUCUUGUACUUCGUCUUUGAAUUCUUAACUAUAUAUGUGUGAUUUUUGUUGGGAUGUAAGAAGUUCACCUUCUAGCACAUUAUCAUUA